AUGGCCUUCCGGCGAAUUAUAUUGAGCAAAAGCCUAGCCAUUCUAAAUCCCAUUACAGUCUUUUCAGAACCUGGUAAGCGACAAUUUGUAGGCUUCGAAUUCAACGAACCUAAACUUGACCUGUGGAAAGAGAUGUUGGUCCAUUAUGAGCAUCGACUUCAAGAAUGGAAGAUCGACCUUCGUCGAAACUUGAAAAAGUACGAAGAAACCACUACAAAUAACCAGGAAGAUUUCCCUAUAUUGACUGAGUUAAACGUAUUAAUCCGCGCCGCUGAAAGACUGUUAGGCUUUGAAGGGAUGAGGAUAUGUCCGGUACAGCUACCAACAUCAUUAGAAGUCUUUGCCUUAAAGCCAUGGCCACUUGAUAAAGUCUUCAAAUUAAUGAAAGAGGACUUUAGUGAUGGCGAUAUCAAUGAGCUUUUUAAGAAGAGCAAGCUAUUACUCACAACCAAGUUUGGUAAAGAGCAAGGAAAGCCCCUGCAAUACCACGCUGAAUGCAUUGCAGAAACGGAGGGUCUAUCCCAAGCAGACAUAAAGAAGAUCGUGAAGACGCUCAAGUGGAUGCAGAGACUUAUAGAGAGACAAAUCUGUGAUCGUAACCAGAAAGCACUUCGGCAUAGAAAGGAGUCUACAGUGGGAGUAUCGAAUUACCUGAAAGACCAAGGAACCGCACACACAGCCGCACAUCUGCAGAAGACCGUGCUGUACCUCGACGACUUGAAUAUCGUCCGCAGUAUUGCCAAACCCUUCUCGGAGCAGGAGUCACGUCCUGACAUCCUGUGGAAUAAUGCCGGCAUAGGUGCUGUGCCGGUUGGGUUAAAGAUCAAGCAGAGAAUUGAGGCUCAUAUGGGGGGUCAAUGCUAUCGGGCCGCUUCUCUUCACUCAACUUCUUCUUCCCAUACUGCAAGCGGCGGCGGCUGUCUCUCCCAAGAUUUCCGUUCGCAUUGUUUGGUCCUGCUCCUAGAUGAUGGAAGGGAGUUCUCCUAA